AUGGCUAUUCCAGGUUUAGCUCUUCUACCACCAAAACUUCAUUUUUUAGCUGAGAUUGGUUUGAUCAGCCAUGCAUUGCUGUUGUGUCAUAUUGAGAAUCGUUUCUUCAAUUACCCGGGCUUUUACUACUAUGGAAUGGAGGAGGAUGUGAUGUAUCCAAGCUAUAUGGUUAUUCUGACAACCCUUGUGGGUUUGGCUCUGGUAAGAAGACUAUCUGUGGAUCAUCGGAUUGGACCAAAGGCAGUUUGGAUUUUGACUUGCCUGCAUUCUUCAAAGUUGUCUAUGCUGUUUAUUUCAUCAAAGCCUGUUGUAUGGGUUUCAGCUGCACUUUUACUCGCUGUUACUCCCCCAUUGCUUCUUUACAAGGAGAAAUCACGAACAGGCUCAAAGAUGAAACCGUGGCAAGGUUAUGUACAUGCUGGUGUGGUUGCUCUUUCAGUCUGGUUCUUCCGCGAAACAAUUUUCGAAGCCCUUCAGUGGUGGAAUGGGAGGGCUCCAUCUGAUGGUUUGCUUUUGGGUUUCUGCAUUGCCUUAACCGGAUUGGCUUGUGUACCCAUUGUUGCUCUGCACUUCUCUCAUGUUCUGUCUGCUAAGAGAUGUCUAGUACUGGUGGUGGCAACAGGUUUACUGUUUAUCUUGAUGCAGCCACCAAUCCCGCUAGCAUGGACUUAUCGAUCGGACAUAAUCAGAUCAGCUCGUCAAUCUUCAGAUGACAUUUCCAUCUAUGGCUUUAUAGCAUCAAAACCGACCUGGCCAUCAUGGUUGCUUAUUGUGGCAAUUCUGCUCACUUUAGCAGCGGUGACAUCUAUCAUACCCAUUAAGUACGUGGUAGAGCUAAGAACAUUUUACUCCAUUGCAAUAGGGAUUGCUCUUGGAGUAUACAUAUCUGCUGAGUAUUUUCUUCAAGCUGCAGUUCUGCAUGCCCUCAUUGUUGUAACCAUGGUCUGCACUUCUGUGUUUGUGGUCUUCACCCAUUUUCCAUCUGCUUCAAGCACAAAGCUACUACCAUGGGUAUUUGCUUUACUAGUUGCCCUCUUUCCCGUGACAUAUCUGUUGGAGGGUCAGGUGAGAAUCAAAAGCAUCCAUGAAGAUGAAGUUGGAGACCUGGCAGAGGAAGACAGGAAGCUCACUACUCUACUGGCUGUUGAGGGGGCAAGGACAUCUCUUCUUGGUUUAUAUGCAGCAAUCUUCAUGCUCAUAGCACUGGAGAUUAAGUUUGAACUUGCCUCACUUAUGCGGGAAAAGGCUUUUGAAAGGGGUGGAAUUAGACAUAGUCAAUCUGGUCAAGGUACUUCAAAUUUUGCUCCACGAAUGAGGUUCAUGCAGCAACGACGUGCCUCUACUGUGCCAGCCUUUACAAUCAAGAGAAUGGCUGCCGAGGGAGCUUGGAUGCCUGCGGUUGGUAAUGUUGCUACUAUAAUGUGCUUCGCUAUAUGCCUGAUCUUGAAUGUCAAUCUGACUGGGGGAUCAAACCAGGCAAUCUUCUUCCUGGCUCCUAUACUACUGCUUCUCAACCAGGACUCGGAUUUUGUUGCUGGUUUUGGAGACAAGCAAAGGUAUUUUCCUGUUACAGUGGCUAUAUCAGCCUACUUGGUCUUGACAGCCCUAUACAGCAUAUGGGAAGAUACAUGGCAUGGUAAUGUUGGUUGGAGCCUUGAAAUUGGUGGUCCUGAUUGGUUUUUUGCUGUCAAGAAUUUAGCCAUCCUCAUUCUUACGUUCCCCAGCCAUAUACUCUUCAACCGGUUUGUUUGGAGUUACACAAAGCAGACGGACUCAUCACCACUGAUCACGCUACCGCUUAAUCUGCCAUCCAUUCUGAUAUCAGAUGUUAUUAAGAUCAGGAUACUGGGAUGCUUAGGAAUUAUUUAUACCAUAGCCCAGACCAUCAUUUCUAGACAGCAAUAUAUUUCGGGGAUGAAGUAUAUUUAG